GCCGUCGAGGGAAACAUGGACAGCUUCAUGACCCAGGUGAAGAACCUGGCGCAGUCCCUCUACCCGUGCUCGGCUCAGAAGCUGGACUCCGAUAUGAAGCUGCAUUUCUUGGAGAACGCAUCGGUCACGUGCAACGACGGAACCCCGGCCGGGUACUACCUGAAGGAGUCCAAAGGCAGUCGAAGGUGGCUCAUAUUCUUGGAAGGUGGAUGGUACUGCUUUAGCAAAGAGAACUGCGAUAACAGAUACGAGACCAUGAGGCGGCUAAUGACCUCCGCCAAGUGGCCAAGGACCAAGACAGGGACUGGCAUUUUGUCCCCCCAGCCUGAGGAAAACCCCCAUUGGUGGAAUGCCAACAUGGUGUCUGUUCCUUACUGCUCCAGUGAUGUGUGGAGUGGAGCUUCAGCCAAGACAGACAAAACUGGUUAUGCCUUCAUGGGGGCGCUGAUCAUUCAGGAAGUUGUGAGGGAGCUGCUGACCAAAGGGCUGGACAGCGCCAAAGUGCUGCUGCUGGCUGGGAGCAGUGCGGGUGGGACGGGGGUGCUGCUGAAUGUGGACCGGGUUGCGGAGCAGCUCGAGGAGCUGGGCCACACGGGGGUCCAGGUGAGGGGGCUGUCCGAUUCGGGCUGGUUCCUGGACAACAAGCAGUACCGCUGCACCGACUGCGUGGACACCAUCAGCUGCGCCCCCACCGAGGCCAUCAAGAGAGGCAUCAAGUACUGGAGCGGUGUGGUUCCAGAGCGCUGCAGGCAGCUGCACCGCGGAGAGGAGUGGAACUGCUUCUUUGGCUAUAAAGUUUACCCCACUCUGAAAAGCCCCGUGUUUGUGGUGCAGUGGCUGUUUGACGAGGCCCAGCUGACGGUGGAUAACAUCCACCUGACAGGGCAGCCGGUGCAGGAGGGCCAGUGGCGCUACAUCCAGAACCUGGGGGAGGAGCUGAGGAGCACGCUGAAGGACGUUCCGGCCAUAUUCGCUCCUGCCUGCUUGUCACAUGAAGUGAUCACAAGAAGUUACUGGAUGGAUAUCCAGGUGAAGGGCACCUCCCUCCCCAGGGCACUGCAGUGCUGGGACCGCAGUCUCCACGACAACAGCAAGAACAACAAGACCCCGCCCAAGGGCUGCCCCAUGCGCCUGAUUGACAGCUGCCCCUGGCCGCACUGCAACCCCACGUGCCCGACGGUGCGGGACCAGCGGACGGGCCAGGAGAUGAGCGUGGUGCAGUUCCUCAUGCACAUGGGCUUCGACGUGCAGAAGAUGGCGCAGCAGCAGGGCAUGGAGCCCAGCCAGCUUCUGGGCAUGCUCAGCAGCGGCAGCUAA